CUCUCCUCAGAAAUCAAGCAGUAAUGUGUAAAAGCUGUUAUCUAGAAAGCUUUCCAGCAGCCAAUGCUCUCUAGAAAGCAGGCUUUCCUUUUUUUUGUUUUUAAACCCCCACCCUCCUUUUUUUAUUUUCUUUCCCUGACUUCAUGACAGGAUAUAUUGUCCGGUUACAGGACUGAGCAGUUCAAAACGUAAAUCUCACAGAGUUAACCAGCUGGAGCCUUUGCCACAUCUUGAGCAUUUUAAAGAUUCCAGGCACUGUAUUCUCAAGGCUGACAGCUUGCUUUUAAACUAUGAUAGAAAUGGUUUCAAUCAGUGCUGCUUUCCUACUUUCCCUUCUGUGCGAAACAUGUGGUUUAGUAUUACCUAAGUCCUCAGACUUAGCAUCUGCAGCCAGCAAUUACACCAUCAUAAAGCCAGAUCUGAGUGCUCGGCUGGACGCCGCCAAAGUUCCCAAGGCCAGAAGGAAGCGCUACAUUUCUCAGAAUGACAUGAUCGCCAUUGUCGAAUACCAUAAUCAAGUGAGAGGCAAAGUCUUUCCACCUGCUGCCAACAUGGAAUACAUGGUCUGGGAUGAGAACUUGGCAAAAUUAGCUGAAGCCUGGGCUGCUACCUGUAUAUGGGAUCAUGGCCCAUCCUAUUUGCUGAAGUUCCUAGGACAGAACUUGUCUGUGAGAACAGGAAGAUAUAAAUCUAUACUUCAGCUGGUGAAGCCAUGGUAUGAUGAAGUUAAAGAUUAUGCUUUCCCAUAUCCUCAAGAAUGCAAUCCUAGAUGUCCCUUGCGAUGUUAUGGACCAAUGUGUACGCAUUACACUCAGAUGGUUUGGGCCACAACCAAUAGAAUAGGAUGCGCUAUACAUACGUGCCACAAUAUGAAUGUAUGGGGGGCUGUAUGGAGAAGAGCUGUCUAUUUGGUGUGCAAUUACUCUCCAAAGGGAAACUGGAUUGGAGAAGCACCGUACACCAUUGGAGUUCCAUGCUCAGCAUGCCCCCCGAGCUAUGGAGGAUCCUGUAGUGACAACCAAUGUUUUCCAGGAGUAACAUCAAACUACUUGCACUGGUUUAAGUGAUUUAAGGUGUUGGUGGUUACAAAAGACAAUCCAAGUUUCUUUUCUCAGUUUUACAUUAAAUUAUUAUGAGCUGCUGAGAUUUUUUGUACCUAAAGAUAUUUGCACAUUAGAAAAGAGGCAGAAUGUAACUUAUCUCCAGCAAUAUUUAUCAUGGGAGAUGGAAACUGUAGCUAAUAUUUGGUGCUACUGCAACUACAGAUGUACAGUGUGUUGAUUUAAGGAGAUGAAGGAUGGGGGAGAAUUUUAUACUUGUCUAUAAGGGAGAUCUUGGUCAGAAGUUUAGUUUCAGACAGGUGCUUAAUAUACAUGUUUGUAUUGUAACAAUAUUCUUCCUAUCUAUAUGAUAUUUAAAAGAUACUCAUUGUGUAACCAUUGUGUAAUAUAUGUUUUGUAGUCUGUAAAUAUUAAUGUACUAGACAAUGUCAACCUAUACAAACCUUCCUUAGCUAUUGAUGAGAUCUGUUGGCUCAGUCUCUGGCAGAUUUCUGUGUUGUUGCCCUGAGGAAGGCAUGUAAACAAUUACACAACUCUUGUUAAGAAUCAUUUUUAUAGUUAGUGGAAGGUGAAUACAGGUAUGGGACCUGUUAUCCAGAAUGCUCGGGACCUGGGGUCUUUCCGUAAUUUAGAUCUCCACAC